AUGGAUAGUAAGCUAAAAUUCAAGGAAAAUGUUGAUACCGUGGUUAACCAGGCUUCCAGAAUGCUAGGCUUCCUUAAAAGGAAUACAAAAGGAUUUCUAGACCAAGAAACAAAAAUAAUUUUGUUUAACUCACUAGUGCGAAGCAGGCUUGAAUUUGCGUCUGUGGUCUGGAACCCACAAUAUACAACUCACUCACAGCGUAUUGAAAGCAUUCAAAGAUCUUUUACGAGGCACAUGGCAUUUCACAGUUCUGGUAUAUACCAUAAAGACACUUAUGAUCUGCGGCUAAAACAAUUUGGCAUGGCAUCACUUUAUAACCGCGGAAUUCUGCUCGACAUUAUCUUCCUUAAAAAGAUCUUGUUAGGUUAUAUAGAUUGCGCGGACUUACUUAAACACAUAAAGCUGAGCGUCCCCCAAAAAUAUCCACGACAUCGCAUCACUAGGCUACUAUACGUUCCUGCAUGUAGGACUAACAUUCUCAAAGGUGCUCCAAUACCGCGAUUAUGUUCUGAGUACAACCGACUCACCGCGUCAAUAUCAGAUAUAGAUAUUUUUAAUGAUUCAGUCUCCACCAUUCGAAAAAAACUUAUUGCACAUUUCUGUUCAUUACCCUCUGCAUAA